UGCAGCUCGUAACCCAGUGUAUGUGUGUGUGUGUUUGCAAGAGACAGUGAGGCUGCGAGAUUCACCACUGGGGCCAGUCUCAGCCGUGAAGAUCACGGGAUCCCGGAUAACAGCGAGCCGGCCUCCCCUUCUAUUGUGUUUAUCGAGGGCGUGUGACCCUCCGGCGCUGGGUGCGAAGUGGGUGCAAGUAGCUGGGACUGGAUUGCGCCUCUUCACUAUGAUCUGACGGAGGCUAAAGGACCUCUUUCCCCUCUCAUCUCUCUCCCUCUCUAUCUCUAUCUCCCACUCUCUCUCUCUCUCUGUACCCCCACCCUAGCCACACGCACACAUCCCUCGCAGACACCAUGGACAGAAGCCGGGAGUUGCCCAAGAUCAUCAGGACUGGGAUCCUGCUGCUGGUCGCCUGCGGGAUUGGGACAAGAGCCUGUCCGGCUCUCUGCAGCUGCGUGGGCACAAGCGUGGACUGCCACGGGCUGGGACUCAGGACCAUCCCCAAGAACAUCCCCAGAAACGCAGAGAGACUGGAGCUGAAUGGGAAUAACAUCACUCGGAUCAGCAAGAGUGACUUCACGGGACUCAGACACGUCCGCGUGUUGCAACUCAUGGAGAACCACAUCAGUUCAAUCGAGCGUGGUGCUUUUGAGGACAUGAAGGAGCUGGAAAGAUUACGCCUGAAUCGGAACCAGCUGCAUAUCUUGCCAGAACUGCUCUUUCAGAAGAAUCCCACUCUGCACAGACUGGACCUGAGUGAGAAUUUCAUCCAGGCGAUUCCCAGGAAGGCAUUCCGUGGAGCGACAGACAUCAAGAAUUUGCAGCUGGAUAAAAACCAAAUUACCUGCAUCGAGGAAGGGGCGUUCCGAGCGUUGAGGAGCCUGGAGGUUCUGACUCUGAAUAAUAACAACAUCAGCAGUAUCCCAGUUUCGAGCUUCAACCACAUGCCAACGCUUCGCACCUUCCGCCUGCACUCUAACCAGCUUCUGUGUGACUGCCGCCUGUCCUGGCUCUCUCAGUGGCUGCGCCAGCGCCCCCAGAUCGGCCUCUUCACGCAGUGCGCUGCCCCCGCCCACCUCCGCGGUCUCAACGUCGCCGAAGUGCAGAAGCAUGAGUUCGCCUGCUCCGGUCAGUCGGACAGCUCUCGGCUGCAGUCCUGUGGCCUGGCCUCGGGAUCUUGCCCUGCCAUGUGCACCUGCAGCAACAGCAUCGUCGACUGCCGUGGGAAGGGGCUGACCGCCAUCCCAGCCAACCUGCCCGAGACCGUCACUGAAAUACGACUGGAGCAGAAUGGAAUCAAAUCCGUUCCACCGGGGACGUUUACCACGUACAAAAAACUACGGCGGAUAGACCUCAGCAACAACCAGAUCUCAGAGAUUGCUCCUGAUGCAUUCCAAGGUCUCCGAUCUCUCAACUCUCUGGUCCUGUAUGGCAACAAAAUCAACGAGCUUCCAAAAGGCGUGUUUGAUGGACUGUAUGCUCUUCAACUCCUGCUGUUGAAUGCAAACAAGAUCAACUGCAUCCGAGCGGACACCUUCCAGGAUCUACAGAACCUAAGUCUCCUCUCGCUAUACGACAACAAGAUCCAGAUACUGGCCAAAGGGACAUUCAACUCACUCCGAGCCAUCCAGACGCUGCACUUGGCCCAGAAUCCGUUCAUCUGUGACUGUCACCUCAAGUGGCUAGCCGACUACCUUCGGUCCAACCCCAUCGAGACCAGCGGGGCACGAUGCGCCAGCCCGCGCCGCCUGGCAAACAAGAGGAUCGGGCAGAUCAAAAGCAAGAAAUUCCGGUGCUCAGCAAAAGAACAAUAUUUCGUCCCAGGUACGGAGGACCAGAGACUGGGGAGUGAGUGCAACAGGGACAUGGUCUGUCCACCGAAAUGCCGCUGCGAGUCCAACGUGGUGGAUUGCUCCAACCAGAAGCUGACCAAGGUUCCCGAGUUCAUCCCACAGUCGACCGUAGAGCUGCGUCUGAUCAACAAUGACAUUUCGCUCCUGGAGUCCACCGGUCUCUUUCAGAAGCUUCCGCAGCUGAGAAAAAUAAACCUGAGCAACAACAAGAUUGGAGAAAUCGAAGACGGGACCUUUGAGGGGGCUUCGUCUGUCUCUGAGCUGCAUCUCACUGCCAACCAACUCGAGUCUAUCAGGAGCGGGAUGUUCCGAGGCUUAGAUGGAUUAAGAACUCUGAUGUUGAGGAAUAAUCGCAUCCGCUGCAUCCACAAUGACAGCUUCAUUGGACUGACCGCUGUUCGCCUCCUCUCACUGUACGACAACCAGAUCGCCACCAUCACGCCAGCUGCCUUCGAUACUCUGCAUUCACUCUCUACCCUAAACCUUCUUGCCAAUUCCUUCAACUGUAACUGCCAACUGGCCUGGCUGGGAGAGUGGCUGAGGAAGAGGAAGAUCGUGAGUGGAAACCCUCGCUGCCACAAGCCCGACUUCCUGAGGGAGAUCCCGCUGCAAGAUGUAGCUUACCAGGACUUCCGCUGUGAUGAAGGUUUGGAGGAGAGUGGUUGCGUGCCUUGCCCUCAGUGCCCCGCUGAGUGUACCUGCCUGGAGUCCGUCGUCCGCUGCAGCAACAAGCACCUGAAAUCCCUGCCCGGCGGCAUCCCGAGGAACGUGACUGAGCUGUAUCUGGAUGGUAACCAGUUUACUGCAGUCCCCAGCAUACUCUACACCUUUAAGCAUCUGCAACUCGUAGACAUGAGCAACAAUCGCAUCAGCUCCUUGACCAAUACGUCCUUCAUCAACAUGAGCCAACUGACCACACUGAUUCUCAGCUACAAUUCCUUACGGUGCAUUCCUGUCGCAGCUUUCCAAGGCCUCCACUCUCUCCGGCUCCUGUCUCUGCACGGCAAUGAUAUCUCCACUCUUCCUAAAGGAAUCUUUGCAGACGUGGCUUCCCUCUCUCAUCUUGCCAUUGGAGCCAACCCACUCUACUGUGACUGUAACCUCCGCUGGCUCUCCGACUGGGUCAAGACCGGGUACAAGGAGCCUGGCAUUGCCCGCUGUGCUGGCCCAGGGGAAAUGGAGGGUAAGCUCCUCCUAACAACUCCGGCCAAGAAGUUUGAGUGCCAAGGUCCGACAGAGCUGAGUGUCCUGGCAAAGUGCAGCCCCUGCCUGUCCAACCCCUGCCACAACCAGGCAACCUGCCAAGAUGAUCCCCUGAAUUAUUACAGGUGUAGCUGCCCGUAUGGUUACCAGGGUAAACAAUGUGAAUUGCCAAUCAACGGCUGUGUUAGUAGCCCCUGUGAGAACGGAGGGACAUGCCACGUGAAGGAGGGAGAUUCGGGCGUAUUCUGGUGUACAUGCCCGGAGGGCUUCCUGGGGAACACCUGCACUGUGAAUGCUGACGACUGUGAGGAGAACCCCUGCGGGAAUGGUGCCACGUGCCUGGACGGAAUUAAUAACUACACCUGCCUGUGCCCCGCGUCCCACAGAGGGGUUCACUGCCAGGAGACAGUGGACUAUUGCGCCCCAGAAUCUAACCCAUGUCAGCAGGGUGACAAGUGCACAGUCACCGCGGAGGGGCCAAGGUGUGAGUGCAUUUCCGGCGAUGUGGGAGAGAACUGCAGCGGCAGUGACAUUGACAACUGUCAUGGCCACCAGUGCCAGGGGAACGGCGUGUGUCUGGAUACAGCCGAAGGUUACACCUGCCUGUGCUCAGAGGGUUACAGUGGCCGUUUCUGUGAGCUCCCUUCGGCUGCCUCCCCACCCACCGUCCAGUGCCGGCCGCAGGACUGCCUCAACGGCGGGCAGUGCGUGAGCGACAGCGCCCUGUGCCAGUGCCUCCCCGGCUUCGGGGGGGCCCGCUGCGACAAGUUGGUCAGCGUCAAUUUUGUGGAUCGAGACUCGUACCUGCAGUUUACCGAGCUGAAGAACUGGCCUCAGGCGAACAUCUCUCUUCAGGUGUCCACUGCAGAAGACAAUGGGAUCUUGCUGUACAACGGAGACAACGAUCACAUUGCAGUUGAGCUUUACCAGGGCCGCGUGCGCGUCAGCCAUGACCCUGGGAGCGAUCCCAGCUCUGCUAUCUACAGCCUGGAGACCAUCAAUGAUGGACAGUUCCACACCGUGGAGAUCCUGACCUUAGACCAGAUGGUCAACCUCUCCAUCGACGGGGGGGCCCCCAAGAGCAUGGAGAGCUCUGUCAAACAGUCCGCACAGAACCGCGAGACGCCCCUGUACAUCGGAGGGAUGCCUGUGGACGUCAACUCGGCGGCGUUCCGCCUCUGGCAGCUGCAGAACAGCUCCAGCUUCCACGGCUGCAUCCAGAACUUGUACAUCAACAACGAGCUCCAGGACUUCACCAAGACGCAACGGAAGGCCGGCGUUGUGCCGGGCUGCGAGCCUUGCCGGAAGAUCAUCUGCGUCCACGGCAUCUGCCAGCCCAGAGCCGGCUCGGGGCCCGUCUGUCACUGCGAGGCCGGCUGGCUGGGACCCCGGUGUGACCAGCCACUGACCGACCCCUGCCGGGGGCACAAGUGCUUGCAUGGGAGGUGUGUGCCGCUCGACGUGGUUACCUACCGGUGUGAGUGCGAUGCAGGGCACAGGGGAGCCUUGUGUAACCAGCAGGAAGAGCUGUUCAACCCCUGUAAGAGCCUGCCGUGCCAGCGGGGGCGGUGUCAGAUCUCGGAGCUGGGUGAGGCAGUGUGCGAGUGUGAGAGUGGCUUCACGGGCAGUCUCUGUGACCAAGGGAUAUUGUAAUUGUGACAAGUUAGUGACAUCACUGCAAUCAACAAAGCCUGGCUUUACCAUGGGACAUAUCCAUACAUUUGAUUGGAUUAACUAAGCUAGCAACUGGCGUCAUUAGAAAAUGUAAUAAGGAGCCAUAUAAUACAACUUGCAUCUUGACUUUUGAUACUGACACAAUCUCAUCUGUUAUUAGGCAUUUAAUGAGGUACAAAUUGGAGAUACUGGUAUUUGACGACAGAUUGCAAUUUUUAUUAUCCUCUAGCUUUACCGAACAUGCUGCUGUAUUGUGUCAUUUUAUAUAAAGACUGACCAUCUCUCUCCAAAAUCUUUGCCUAUAAAUAAGAUAGGUUUUUGUGGCUGAAGGAGGAACCUCAACGCACAGCAGCAAAAUUGAGGAAACUACAUGAAGGAACAGGAGAACUUUAAUAAUUCUAUAUUAUAAUUGUCCUAUUAACUUCUUAUUACAAUAACCAUUUCAGAAACAGUUACAGAAAACCAAGCUGAAAUUAAAAGUAUCAGGCUGAGGUGAGUCGCCAGCCACUGCUAAAUGCUUGUCAAAGCUCAUGGUCAAGUCUUUUGCAUAAAUAAAAAUUAUUUUGGGAAAGCUAGCGAUAGGCAGAAGGUGAUGGAGGAAACUGUGAGAAAAAUACCUGAGUUUCAAGCUGCUUAUGAAACUAAUCAAUGCAUGUUUGAUAUGCACAUCACAAAAGAAACAAAAUCUACUUUUGUCAAUAUUUUCCCCUACCUCAAGGAUAGUACACCUUUUAACUGAUUGCCACUCUAUGGUUUAGUUGAUGCAUUUAGUAUAUGUAAUUGAGAAAUGUUACAUCAUGAAUAUAUUGCACACACUAUCGACUGAAAAUUAGGGGCAGUUAUAAUCUUGGAUAAAACACAUUCAAAAAGUGAUUCAAUAGCUUUUCUGCUUUGAAACCAUAAGCAUGUACAUCUCAAAUAAAUUGACAAAUUAUUCUGACCAACCUGACAUGUUCACAGUCAAUACUGAAGCCAGAUUUUCUCGAAAUCUCUAAGACAGUUGUUAGUUUCCUUGCAGAUUCAAUUAUACUAAAUUAUACAGUGAGUCCAAAAUGCUCACUAUAACCACCAUAAAUCAAAUUAAAAACAAUAGUUUUCAGUUCAAAAUACUCUCAACUCAACAUCUGCUAUGACUAUCCAAGCUGUACCAAAGCUGGAGUUCAACCUUGAUGCCACUCUGCACCACCUGCCUCAAUAAUCACUCACUAGUUAUCAUUUACUGGUCCAGCUGCAAGUGGUGGCUUGCAGAACUCAAUUUUCCCUAUAGGCCUUGAAUUAAGUUAACAGCACAAUGGGAAAUCUGCAUGUAUCCACUGAAUCUUAAUAUUAUGGAAAUAAUUUUACACCAAUUCUACCUUCCAACAUAAAUAUUGCACUUUGCCAUUAGAUGAUCAAGCACUAAAAGGGAAACAAUUUGCAGUAAUGCUGUACUAAAUAGUUUCACUGUUUAAAGUUCUUGUUCUCUGAUUUGACCAAAAAUAAUGUACAGAGCAAUGAUAAAAUGGCUUCAAUAUCAAUUUAUGAACUAUUUCAGAUUUACAAUGAAAAAUACAAUUAUGCACAUGAAAACUGAGACAGUACAGUCAUUAGGAUUUCAAUAAUGCACAACUAUGGCAACAAGAAACAAAUGUAUUAUAUCCACCAAUGUGACAAACAUUUGGAAUACAAUAAGAAAUUUAGUAUUCUCAGAAUGGAAUUCCAUUUCAGCAUUAUGGAAUACUAAAUGCUGAUGGUUGCUAUGCUAUCAUUCACGGCAGUGGUGAUUGAGACAAUUACUUUGUGUGCACACUGGAACAGCAGGAAUACAUUAAACACCAAAUUUCCCCAAGCUUGUUGGCACCAAUACAAUAAGAAAGCCAAUGAUAACACAGACAAGGAUUACAUUAUAAAUAAUAUUAAAAGGUACUUUGUAUCACAGAUUUGCCCUACAAAAGAGGGAAAACUUUUAAAAAAUACAUCAAGACACAUCUGUAGGCCAGCAAACGAAUGAAUAAGUUAGAAAGCAACAAAGUUAAUGUUUUACUUCUUGUUACAGAAUAAAGCAGAGAAAGAUAGUGAGUGGUUAUGGAAACAAAACAUUCUUUAAAAAUACUGCACCAUUUAAAAAAUCACUGCUUUAUACAUCUCAUCAACUUCAACCUACCAGAUACAUUUUGAAAUAGAUUCAGAUUUUAAAAUGAUAUGCAAUCAAAUGCAGUCAUUUUGUUAACGAAAAAAAGGUAAGAAUGUUUAAGCCAUAACAGUACCUUGGAAAGGCUAGGCACACCAUUCUGGAUAAAAACAGUGAAUCAACAUCACUUCAAAUUAACCUCAGGAACUGUGUGACAAGCAAAAUUAAUGAUGGCUAUACAACUGGAUGUCUGUUGCAAACAAUUUUAUCUACUUCAUUCCUUUCUCUAUUAAAUAUUUAGUUUCUCUACAUGGAGAUAUAUUAAAUGGGAUGACAACAGAAACAGGUGCCAUAAUCUAUAAAUUUCCUCAAUAUAUCCACAAUAUUUAAGAGGGUAGCAUGAUUUGCUAAAUCAUGUUUUAAAUACAGUUACUGUGACCAAAACUGCCCUGGCUUUUCACUGUCACCCAUUUAAUUUGUUUCACAAAUUAGUUAUGCUACCCGUGACCUGACACAUCUAUUUAUUGGUCAGUUUCCAUGGCAACCUAUUACUUAGAUUAGAAAAAUCAGAAACACUGCUCCAGUCAAGAUUACAUUCAAUAAUCUAAAUGUACUGCAAUUUGAGGAAAUGCAUUAAUGGCUUGAUUAUUUUAAAAAACGUGAGAUUGGUGUAUUAAAUUGAGUCCACUUUAGUAUUUUUAAUGAUAAUAUGCAAUGAUUUAAAUUAAAUUUGGGAAUGGCACUACAAAAUGUAGCAAUUUCCUACAUUCUAAAGCUUACAAUGCUAAAUGAGCAUUUGGGAUAAAACUGAAUUCUGUAUAUGUUAGGGAAUAUGAAUUAUCAAAAGAUCUCAAACAGACACUAAAGGGUUCAAAGGCCAAUUCACUAAAAGGAUUGUUUUUAGGGAAGGUGGAAAAUUCUGCAAUUUUUUUCCAUUCAGCACCAUAACCGGUAAGGAUGACUUCAUCUAGGGCCUUUCAGCCUGUGCUUCCAUUCACUGAUGGAAGUGAUGCAGUACUAACAUUGCAUUAAAAUGAGGUUUGGUGUACAAUACUGUAUAUCCUGCUUUUCAAUAAUAGUUUUCAGGUCCAAAGUAUGCUUUAUACUCACUCCUCUCCAAAAGUAAUGUAUCACAAAAACAGGAAGUGCUGGAGAGAGUUGAUUUUUCCAGACUGAUGCAGGUGAAGGGUCCUUCACCUGAAACACAGGGCCUCUUUCUCUCCAAGUGGAUGUUACUCAUCUUGCUAGAUGCUUAUGGAAUGCUUUGAAUUUUAGUUUCAGGCUAUUUAUUUUAAACUUUUUUUUAAAUUCAACUUCUGUAAACUAAAUUGAUAUGUUUUUCAGUCUAUAUAAGUGCCAUUGGGAGGCACUACUUUGUUCCAGAUGUAGACUGUAAGACAUAGGAGCAGAAUUAGACCAUUCAGCCCAUCGAGCCAGCUCUGCCAUUCCAUCAUGGCUAAUCCACUAUCCCUCUCAAUCCCAUUCUCCUACCUUCUCGUAACAUUCGAUACCCUUACUAAUGAAGAACACAGCAACUUCGACUUUAAAUGUACCCAAUGACUUGGUCUCCAUUGCUGUCUGUGACAAUGAAUUCCACAGAUUCACCACCCUCUGACGAAAAAGAUUCCUACUCGUUCGUUCUAAAAGGACAUCCUUGUAUUCUGAGACUGGUCCUAGACUCUCCCACUCUUGGAAAGAAGCUCUCCACAUCUACUUUAUCUCUGCCUUUCAGGCACUACACUAGAUAGUGAAAACCUGUAUCAAACAUUCACAGUUAGCUAAUAAAGCUUUCUGCUUUCCUUUAAUGCAUAUUGAGUUUUUAAAAUAAUUCUAAUUACAUGACUGACAAUACGCAAGUAAUGUGGCUAAUUCACCUACACUUUAGAUCACAUCAUGUCAUCUUCCAAUUACUGCUAACAUCACUGUUAAUUCUCUAGUACAUAAGAUUCUCAUUUUUGUUUGUGAACAUUAUAAUUUCAAUAUAAUGAACAUUUAUAUCUGAUUAGGUUCACAGAUUCCAACAACCCCACACAGUUCAAACAGACUUCAAUGUCUAUUAAAGGAUGGUGUGCCUGGCCAUUUUACACAAUGUCAGAGAAACAGUUUUAACAUAUUAUUCAAAUACAUAAAAGGCAUCCCAAUAGAAAAUAUGCUGGUUUUAAACUUGCAAAGGCAAGCACAGAAACAAUCCAAAAUUUAGCAAUAUGGGCUCAGUUUGGACCAUUUUCUGUGAACAGUUCUUCGUUGCUAAAUGUUAUGGUCUGAAAACCAGUUGAUGGACUGCUCACAAAUAACUUAUGCUUUUUCAUUCAAACAUUAAAACAGCAUGGCUCCAACACAAUGUUCAAAUAUUUUUUGGUUGUAGAUUAAUAAUUAAAUCUCUCCAUAUUAUAGCUGUACUCCAAACAAAAUGGAAAUUGAACAUUUUAACAAAUAAAACAUUUACUAAGAUAAACACUUCACAUUGCUUUAGAACAAAUAAAAUAAAUAUGAUCCUAGUCACAAGCAGUUAAUUUUACAUUAAACAAGAUCUCACUUCAAAUGCCAACUUUUUUUCCCCCUGAAGUCAGAGAAGUGGAUAUAAAAAAUUUAGGAGACUGCUUCAUAUAUCUUUUAUAAAAGAAAUGCAAUCUCCUCUUCAUAGACAGCUUAUUAAAAUAAGCUGUCAAUUAUGACAGCUGCCAUUACACUUUGUAAGUUGCUCAAGAGUUCAGUUUUCAAAAACAAUUGAUAUAAGAAAUCUUUUCUGGCAAGUUUAUAAAGAAUUUCAUUAUUGGAAUCAAAUAAUUCAGUGAGUAAUUCAUGAGAAAAUUAAAAUCUUAACAAUGGAAGUGAAAAAGCAAAACACAGUAAAUAGAUCCCGCAAAAUACCAAAGUUUAUGAAGUAUAAUAAAUAAGGCUGCAAGGCUAUCAAUAAUAAAAUGGCAAGUAGUCUCAUUAAUGUUAUUACAGUAGUGAAGUUGUGCAUUGUUAUAUAUGAAAUCUUAAGACAAUAGUAGUACAAACACAGCAUAUAAUAUUAGCUAUUUCACAGUCAUUAGCUAUGUCCUAGGUGAGCACUAGCAUACUUCCCCCCCCCCCUUUUGAUUCGGAUUCACCCCCAGUAUAGUAUGUUAAUAUGCACCACAACCUCUUGCUGCAAGAGUUGAAUAAUGUUUAAUUUUAAUGAUUCCUAUAGAUGUAUAGCUACAUGUUUUAAGGCAGUCACAUUAGGUGACAAAACUUCAAAUGCACUUGGUUAACUGAGGCAAACAUCUGGAAUAAGAUCACAUGCAAACCUUAGUAAUUGGAUGUCAUGAUCCUGGAUGUGUGCUCAUUCUUGUCCUACUUCAAAAUCAGUAAAUGUACAGAAACAAGUUUCUAUUAUUUAGACAAAAUAUAUGCAACGGUGAUCACUAUUUAUAGUUCUGAAACACAAAGAAAAUGCAGUCAUGCUCAAAUGUCCAAUACAACCAUUGACUUUGAAACCACAAUUGUCUGUGCCCCUUAAGAAGAAAAAUUGAAAAUUGACAGUGAGAAAGACACAACAAUGAAGGUGCAACACCAACAAUUGAACAAGAUGUGAAUACUGAGUAAUGUAAGCUUUAAGGUACACUUACUUGGGUGCAGCUUAUAGAAACACUUUACACUUUAAACAGUUCUACAUGUGUAGGUGCAUAUACAGGAGCUUCUGGUUAAUUGGGACACAUCAAGCCCAGUACAUUUUAACCCAAUUAAGCAGCUAGACAAAUCAGCUGAAUGUUCAUGGAAAUAGUUAAAAAGGUAUAUAAAAAAAGACAAAUUCCUGUUUAAUUUAGUAAUAAAUUAUGUAUUUAAAUGAAAUGCAGAAUAGAUUGGAACACUACUAAUGCUACUACAGUACUUAUAAAAUUGUAUUAGUUUCUAACAGUUAUCGACAAGACAAAUUCAUCCGGUGUACACUGCUAUGGGAGGGGUAGCAUCUCCGUUGAAGGAGCUUGUCAUGUCCAUUAUGGGGUAGUUCACUUACACUUGGGUCCCCACCGGACACUUUCAACUCUCACCUGUGCCCCCAAGUAGUGUUCGCAUAUGACAGCAGUCACACCUGGUACAGCACUUUGAAAGAUGGGAUAAAUCAGAUGAGGGUGGGUAGCUGGUGGGUUUCAUACCCUGGUGAAAAAGGGACAUGCCUGUCCUAACUUGUGAAGUCAGCUCUGACAGACUGGACAGAUGAGAUCAACAGUGAGAUCCAAUGACCAAGAAGGUGGUUCUGCAAAGCUCUGUGAAGAGCAAAGGGCAUGAUAAUACAGUAGCAUCCACUGCAACCAAGGAAGAUCCCAGUUUGUGAUGACUACUCAUACCACUGGACUCGGAUUUUCAAGGUUGAGAAUGGAACUGUCCCAGUGCAACAGCUUUUCCACUUUAAGAACUCUCCCACGUUUCACUACCAUUGUCAAAUACGACAGACAACAGACAACCAUGUCCUUUUGAUUGACUGUAAAUGAACAAAUCAGCAGUGCAGAUAAUGGACUGCCUUCAUACAACUCUUUUGACAACUAUAUAUCCCAAAUCUUCAUUUUCAUUGUAACAUUCAAGAUGAUUAUCAAUACCUUCAGAUUCUUCAUAGUUCCUAACUUGUUGAAGUAGUGAAACUGUUCCAUUUCACUCCUGGCUGUUUCUGGCAUCUCCAAAGCCCUAAUGCUUGAAACCGCAGUGAGUAAAACAGUUCUGAAGUGUCCUGCUGCUUAUUUCUCGCCAGCUAUCGGUUAAAAAAAAAUUAGCACACGCAAAUGACACUAUUUAAAAACUGUUCACUCUAAGCACAGUGCUGUGUCUAACGGCCAUACAAGUUCACUUGACAGACACUAGUUAGAAACCAUUCGGCAAGUCUCCUGUUCCAAUUAAGCAGCAUAGUGUCCCAAAUAAGCAAAGGGAAUUCUGGAUAAUUUCUCUAUUAAUUUUGUUCUUUAAGAGUUAUCCCAAUAAAUGGCUUCCCCAAUUAAACACUUUAUUAAAGUUUCUCCUUUCAAUGAAAAUAAAUGAGACACUUUUGCAAACCCUUCUUGGAUCUGAAGUUUAAAAACAGAAUGUCCUUUCAGCAGAAAUACUGUUUCUUACUACCCCAGCAUUUAAAUAAAGCAAUGUGCAAAAUGCAAAUUUCUUUGUCAAAUUCUUUGCCUACGAUGGGUGAUUGAUAAUUUUGUGGCCAAAGGUAGGAGUCAAAUUUAGAAAACCUAGCACAUUUAUUUUUCAACAUAGUCCCCU